AUGAAAUUAAAUGAUUUAGGUAACGUCGGUGAAGUUGCUUCUGACAAGGGUUGUUUUUCGAUGGACGAAACUGUGACAAUGGUAGAUGGUAGCUCGAGAUUCUUACGCGACAUUCAAGCUGGCGAUCAGAUUUGGACUAUAUCCUAUGAUGGAACCCAAGUUUACUUGUCAGAAGCGAUGAUGAUACCACAUAUGGAACCAAAUUUAACAGUUCUCUUCUAUACAGUAGAAACAAUGACUGGUCAUCGGCUGAGUCUUUCCGCUCAACAUUAUAUUCGUGUUCAACAUUUCGAUUAUUUGCCAGCAGAACAAUUAACAGUCAAUCAUUCUCUUUAUGUCUUAUUGAAAGAUGGUACUAUUCAAUCGACUCACAUUCGCAUAAUAAACCAAGAGUGGAGAACAGGCGUUUAUAAUUUAAUCACACUUGAUGGAUCAUUACUUGUUAAUGGUAUUGCCGCUUCAUCAUAUGUUAAUAACGGAUUUGGACCACAUCACUUGAAUCAUCGUAUUUUUACUCCGAUACGCCUUGGUUAUCAUCUAUCGAAAUACUUUAAAUUUCUUCAAAAUGCUUAUUCACUUAACGAAUACGGAGAAACUUGA